AUGUGCGCGUACCGGAGCACCACGCCCGACGUGUGCAGAGCGCCCCUCGCGGCCCUACCCCAGACGUCCGCCUUUUCUCACCCCACGCUCGAGCGCGGGCGUCGGGCGUCGGGCGACACCGAGGCGGUAGAACGCGCUGUGGCCGCCGCCGUCGAUGGGGGCGCACGACAGUCCAUGACGCGCAUCGCCGGCGGGUGCGGGGCGGCUCUCAGAGCGAGCGGUGCGCCUGCGCCUGCGCGGCGUAACUCACUCGCACGCAAGCUUAUCUUGCGCGUGAGCGAUAGGGGCGCGGAGGCCUUGGUAUGUAAUAUGCAAGUCCCGCGUCCGCGUCCUCGCGUCGGGAGGUGGGUAGCAGCCGGGAGUCGUGAGUCACGAGUCGUGUUAGGUAGACGGCAGGUGCGGCGGGGGGUGGUAAAUCUCCUCCCCAGGCCAGCACAGCACCCGUCGCGCGGAGGAGCGCGCGGGGGGGCAGAGGGCUGCUUGCGCGAACUCUGUCCGGUCGUGUCUGGUCGUAUCCAGUACCCAGCCGAUGAUGCCGCCGCCGCCGCCGCAGACGAUGGCGAUGACGCCAACGCGCGGAUGCUCGAGAGCCGGGCGGGGAGGCGGUCUCUCGCAAGCCCUGCGCGACGCACCUACCAGAGUCUACGUAUCUAG